GAGCGUCCUGCCGGGACACAGCCCCUGCGAUCGCUGGCCAAAGCCUGGCCUGACACAUGCUGGAGCAGCGUACCACCUUUAUCUUACCUGGCUUUAUUUCUAUUAUCGCCAUAGAUGUUUCAGGAGAAAAGAUGUAGACGUGACCCAAAACCCCUUAAUAGGGACUGUUUGAAUUUUGAGCCUGUUCUCUGAAUAGGCAGACAAAGUUUCUAGAUUAUUUGGGUUAUUACAGAAAAGCAGUAGUAAUAAUUUUGGAAGAACGUGAUGUUGGAAUUCCUGUGUCUAAGAAUUAAAAUUUAUCUCCUAAUUUGCUCGGAAAUGUAUGGCAGUUUAGCAAUUGGAUUUGUAUUAAUACUAAGUCAUGUUAUUCUUUAGCACUUAGAUCAAAAAGAAGAAAUAACCACUAACAGCUGAAACAUACAGAUUGUCUCUUCCACUCUGGCUAGGCAGGACCAAUGGAGACUUCUGAUGGAGAAAGUUUGGGUGUAGCCACCUCCACAACUUCUGAUGAGUUUGAUGCAGUUGUUGGCUAUCUGGAGGAUAUCAUAAUGGAUGAUGAUUUCCAAUUAAUGCAGAGGAACUUUUUGGAGAAGCACUACCAGGAGUUUGAUGACUCAGAAGAAAACAAGCUCAUCUAUACGGACAUUUUUAAUGAAUAUAUCUCUUUAGUAGAGAAAUACAUUGAAGAGAAGUUGCUUGAUCGGAUUCGUGGGUUUGAUAUGGUUGCUUUCACAGUGUCAUUGCAACAACACAAAGAUGAAAUGCCAGGUGAUAUAUUUGACCUGCUGCUCACAUUUACAGACUUCCUGGCUUUCAAAGAAAUGUUCUUGGAAUACAGAGCUGAAAAAGAAGGUCGAAGUCUGGACUUAAGCAGUGCGUUAGUGGUGACUUCAUUAAACCAUUAAACAAGUCAUUCUGAAGGGA